UCUCCUAGACCCCAGGAUAGCCAGAAGGGAGUAAAUGGACAGCUGGGAUUGACCAUCCCUGCAGUCCUCUCAACCAUGAAGCUCUUAUGGAUGCUGCUUUGGGUUUCAAGCCUCUUCACUUUGACUGUACAGGAAGCCAGGCUGCUGAUCUUUUCACCCUCUGUGGUUCGCUUGGGUGUACCACUUUCGGUGGGACUGCAACUCCAGGGAGCUUCGAAGGGGCAGAAAGUCAAGGGUGUUAUCUUCCUGAGAAAUCCAUCAGGGCCCUCAGUGCAUUGCUCUGAGGAUGUGCCCUUUACCCUGGACUCUGACCAUGACUAUCAGCUACUUAGCCUCCCGGUCCCACUGGUCCAUGUACAGCGCUGUGGUCUCAGUAAGCUUCAUUUUUCCCGUCAUGUGCAACUUCUGGCCAAAACAUCAUGGCUGAAAUCAACUCUGUCUCGACAAACAGACACUCAGGGUGUUAAUCUGUUAUUUUCUUCACGUCGGGGUCACCUUUUUCUACAGACGGACCAGCCCAUUUACAACCCUGGCCAACGUGUCCGAUUCCGAGUCUUUGCUCUGGAUCAGAACAUGAGACCAUCCACGGAUACCCUGACUAUUACUGUUCAGAACUCUCAUGGCCUUCAAGUACGGAAGAAUGAGGUGUUUUCUAAAAGAUCCAUUUUCCAAGAUGAUUUUGUGAUCCCUGACAUCUCAGAGCCUGGAACAUGGAGGAUCUCAGCUCGAUUUUCUGACAGCUUAGAUUCCAACAGCAGUACUGAGUUUGAGGUGAAGAAAUACGUUCUCCCCAACUUUGAGGUGAAGAUCAUACCUGAAGAGCCCUAUGUGCUGGUAGCUCCUGGUGUUGAUGUGAAUAUCCGAUUGAAUGUCCAGGCCAAGUAUGUAUAUGGGAAGUCAGUGCAGGGAGUAGCUUAUAUUCGAUUUGGAGUCUUGGAUGAGAGUGGUGAGAAGAAAUUCCUUCGAGGGCUGGAAAAACAGUCCAAGUUGUCAGAUGGCCGCUGUGGCAUUACCGUCUCAGGAACAGAGAUCCAGAAGUCAUUGAACAUCCCUGGGAUGGACAAUCUUCAGGGGCUUCGCUUCUAUGUAGCAGCUGCUGUCAUUGAAUCCCCUGGGGGAGAGCUAGAGGAAGCUGAACUUACCUCCUUACGCUUUGUCUCAUCUCCAUUUUUGGUGGACCUCAGCAGCACCCAGCGGUAUUUUGUACCAGGAACGCCUUUCCUGCUACAGGCCUUGGUUCAGGAUGUCUCUGGCUCUUCAGCCCCUGGGAUCCCCAUCAAAAUUUCCACCAAAUUUAUCACCUCAGGAGUUGGUUCUAAUAUCCAGGUUCUUAACUUCAACACAAAUGAGAAGGGUCAGCUCAGCACCCUCAUCAAUGUCCCCCAAGCCACCCAAGAGUUGCAGUUUACGGUAUCUGCAGGAUCCCCCUUCCCAGCAGAGGCCACCCUUACUGCCCAUUCUCCACCUUCUGGAGGCUCUGGGCUCUUGUCCAUGGAGCGACUGGAUUCCAGGCCUCCCCAUGUGGGACAGACAUUCACUCUAAACCUCCGUGCUGUGGGAGUUGAUGGAGCUACUUUCUCCCAUUACUACUACAUGGUCCUGUCGCGUGGGGAGAUCAUAUCCAUGCAUCGAGUGGCAAAGGGGUCUGUGACCUCCAUCUCGGUACCUGUGACCGCCCAGCUCGUGCCUUCUUUCCGCCUCGUCGCCUUCUAUUACCACAAUGGUCUGCCAGUCGCCAACUCUUUGAAAGUGGAUGUCCAGGCGGGGGAUUGUGAGGGGAAGCUGGAACUGAAAGUGGAUGGGGCAGAACUUCGACCUGGGAACCAGCUGAGGUUAAAUUUAUACACAGAUUCCUUGGCCACUGUAGCCCUGGGGGCUGUGGAUACUGCGGUGUAUGCAGCAGGUGGCCAGAGGCACAGCCCUCUCCAUAUGAAUAAGGUCUUCACUGCCAUGAACAGCUAUGACCUGGGCUGUGGCCCUGGGGGCGGGAUCAGUGCUCUCCAGGUUUUUGAGUCGGCUGGUUUGAUGUUUUCCGAUGGACACAAAUGGACCCAGUCCAGGAGCAGUCUGAGAUGCCCCAAGGAGAAGAAAAGCCGGAAAAGAAGAGAUGUGGAUUUCCAGAAGGCGAUUCUUCAGAAGAUGAGUCAAUACGUUGGCCAAGCCAAGCGCUGCUGCAAGGAUGGGAUGACACCGUUGCCGAUGCGCCGGUCCUGCAAAGAGCGAGUGGCUAGAGUAUCAGAACCCACCUGCCACGAGGCCUUCCUGUCCUGCUGCCAGUUUGCUGAGGAGCUUCGUAAAAAGACACGCAUCAGGGGCAGCAUGGGACUUGCCAGAGCCCAGGACAUGUGGGAAGAGGAAGAGGAACUGCUUGUUGAAGAUGAUAUCCUCGUCCGGAGCUAUUUCCCUGAGAACUGGCUCUGGACCCUGUGCACAGUAGACAAAGUUAAAAAGGUGUCUGAGCUUGUCCCUGAUUCCCUGACCACGUGGGAGAUCCACGCUGUGAGCCUUUCCCAGACAAAAGGUCUUUGUGUGGCUCAGCCUGUCCAGGUUAGAGUUUUCCAAGAAUUCCACUUACAUCUUCGCCUUCCCCGCUCUGUCCGAAGAUUUGAGCAGAUAGAGCUUCGACCUGUCAUCUAUAACUAUUGGAAUAAGAACUUGUCUGUGAAUGUCCAGGUGUCCCCUGUAGAAGGGCUCUGCCUUGCCGGUGGUGGUGGCAGAGUGCUAAAGCUGGAGGUGCCUGCUACCUCAGCACGGCCUGUCUCCUUUCCCGUGGUGCCCACGGCUGCUGCUGAUGUGUCUCUGAAGGUCCUGGCCCAGGGCCCUUUUGGAGAUGCUGUGUCCAAGGUCCUGCACAUCGAGAGAGAAGGAGCAGUCCAGAUAAAGGAGUAUACCUACAAGCUGAACCCCCUAGACUUCCGUGGCCGGAGCUUCGAUAUUCCUGGGGAGAAUCCAUCCAAUGCCAUCCCCGAUGGAGACUUCAGUAGCAUUGUUCGUGUUACAGCCUCUGAGCCCAUGGAAACCCUGGGCUCUGGGGGGGCCCUCUCACCAGGAGGGCUGGGGUCUUUGCUGAGGGUGCCCCGGGGUUGUGCAGAGCAAACCAUGGUCUACCUGUCCCCCACACUUGCUGCUUCCCGAUAUCUGGACAAGACAGAGCAAUGGGGGAAGCUGCCUCCUGAGAUGAAGGACCAUGCAGCAGAUCUCAUCCAGAAAGGCUAUGCCCGUAUCCUGCAGUUCAGGAAAACAGAUGGCUCCUAUGGGGCUUGGUUGCACCGGGAUAGCAGCACUUGGCUCACAGCCUUUGUCCUAAAAGUGCUCAGCAUAGCCCAGGAGCAGGUGGGUGGCUCUGUGGAAGGGCUAAGGGAGACAGUCCAGUGGCUUCUGACAAAGCAGCUUGGCGAUGGCUCUUUUCAAGACCCCUGUCCAGUUAUCCACAGGGAUAUGCAGGGUGGCCUGGUGGGACCAGAUGAGUCUGUGGCCCUAACCGCCUUUGUGGUUGUGGCCCUCCAGCAUAGCUUGACUGCCUUCCAGACUUCUGAGGAUGAUCCCAACAAGGAGAGAAUCAAGGAGCAGCUGCAGAAAGUGAAAGCCUCCAUCUCACGUGCAGACUCAUUCCUGGUGGGAAAGGUAACUGCUGGGCUCCUGGGAUCUCAUGCAGCUGCCAUCACAGCCUAUGCCCUGACCCUGACUAAGGCCCCCAAAGAUGACCAGAAUCUUGCCCAUAACAAUAUUAUGGCCAUGGCCCAAGGAGAAGGAGAUGAACUAUACUGGGGUCCAGUUGAUGGGUCUCAAAAUAAUGCUGUCUCACCAACUCCCAGUGCUGGCGGCAGCCCCUCGAUUCCCACUCCACUGGCCCCAGCCCUGUGGGUGGAAACAACUGCUUAUGUAUUGCUCCAUCUCCUGUUGCGAGAGGGGAAGGCUGAGUUGGCUGAUCAGGCUGCAGACUGGCUAACCCACCAGGCGAGCUUCCAAGGGGGAUUCCGAAGUACCCAGGACACAGUAGUUGCCCUGGAUGCCCUGGCGGAGUACUGGAUUGCCAGUCAUACGACCGCAGAGACCACGCUCAAUGUGACCCUGAGUACUCAGGGUCGCCAAGGAACUAAGGACCACGUCAUCCAGUUAAACAACCGUCAAACGGGGCUAGAGGACAAUCUGCAGUUCCCCUUGGGCAGCAAGAUCACCGUCAAGGUGGGAGGAAAUGGCAAAGGGACCUUAAAGAUUCUACGUAAGUUCAACAUCCUGGAAGAGAAAAAUACCACUUGUAAGGACUUCAAGCUGGAAGUGACAGUCAUAGGCUCUGUCCAAUAUUCAGCGGCAUCAAAUGAUGACUAUGAAUACUAUGAGGAGGAACCCCAACUUGGAGAUGACCCAAGUCCCUUGGCGUCCCCUGUGACACCCCUGCAACUAUUUGAGGGGCGUCGGAACCGCCGGAAGAGGGAAGUGCCCAAGGCAGGAGAUGAGAAGGAGGAGAGGGUGCAUUAUGAAGUGUGCAUCUGGCGAAGUGAUGGGGUCAGAUUCCCUGGAAUGGCUAUUGUAGAUAUCACUUUGCUGAGUGGAUUCCAUGCCCUGCAGUCUGAUCUAGAAAAGUUGACCUCGCUCUCAGAUCGUUAUGUGAGUCACUUCGAGACCCAGGGACCCCAUGUCCUGCUAUACUUCGAUUCGGUUUCGGCAUCUCGGGAUUGUGUGGGCUUUGAGGCUGUGCAGGAGGUGCCCGUGGGGUUAGUGCAGCCGGCGAGCGCUGUUCUUUAUGACUACUAUGAGCCUGGAGAGAAAUGUGUUGUGUUCUAUGGGGCCCCGAGUAAGAGUAAACUUCUAUCCACACUAUGUUCUGGUGAUGUUUGCCAGUGUGCAGAAGGUAAAUGUCCUAAAAAAUACCAAAUCACAGAAGUAGAGAAAAUGGAGGAAGAGUCCAGGAUGAACUACGCCUGCUACGAUCCACGUGUGCAUUAUGGUUUCCAAGUUGAGGUUCUCCGUGCAGAGGACAAAGCCUCCUUCCGACUCUUUGAAACCAGGAUCACUCGUGUCCUACACUACACUCAAGAUAUCAAAGCCAGUGUUGGUCAGACUCGAAACUUCCUGGUCCGAGUCUCAUGUCGCCUGCAGCUGGAGCCUGGGAAGAAAUAUUUGAUCAUGGGGCUUGAUGGAGUCACCUUUGACAUUAAGGAACAGCCCCAGUAUUUGUUGGACUCCACGACUUGGAUUGAGGAGAUACCUUCUGAAAAGAACUGCCAGGCCCUGCGAUAUCGGUCUUCUUGUGCUAACCUCCAUGAAUUCCUCCGGAAAUAUGAAACACAGGGAUGUCAGGUUUAGGGGGUGACAUCCUCUCCCUCCCCUCCCCUACCUCCAUGGAGUUUUCUCACUCAAGGUAUCCUAAAUCUUGUCAUUUACACCUGCCCUACACUCUCUCAUCUCUUCUUCCUGAAAGGAAGGGAGAUCUAGUUCCUUCAGGACUAUACUCUUGACUUCCUUUUUCCCUCCUAUCCUCAUCUCCCGAACUAGAAACUAGGACAGAGAGGAGCUCAAUAAAAAUUUGCUUGAUGACCAA